AUUCUAUAAGAGGCUUCCGCAUUCACCACACAUAUAUAAGCGGUCAUUAGGGUUUUGGAACCGACCCCUCUGAGUUCCGCAGCCGCUUCAAGUCUAAGGGGAGGGUAAGUCUGGAAGAUGUCUCACCGGAAGUUUGAGCACCCAAGGCAUGGCUCGCUUGGGUUUCUUCCUCGGAAGCGAGCGUCUCGCCACCGUGGAAAAGUGAAGUCCUUCCCGAGGGAUGACCCCACAAAAUCCUGCAAGCUCACGGCAUUCCUUGGGUACAAGGCUGGGAUGACUCACAUUGUACGUGAGGUCGAAAAGCCAGGAUCAAAGCUUCACAAGAAGGAGACAUGUGAGGCAGUGACUAUCAUAGAAACUCCACCAAUGGUUGUUGUUGGAGUUGUUGCGUAUGUGAAGACACCGCGCGGUCUCCGUUCUCUUAAUACUGUGUGGGCUCAGCAUUUGAGUGAGGAGGUGAGGAGGAGAUUCUACAAGAACUGGUGCAAAAGUAAGAAGAAAGCUUUUACAACGUAUUCCAAGAAAUUUGAUAGCGAGGAGGGAAAGAAAGAGGUUCAGGUGCAGCUGGAGAAGAUGAAGAAAUAUGGUUCUGUUAUCCGUGUUCUGGCUCACACACAGAUACGGAAGAUGAAGGGUCUGAAACAGAAAAAAGCUCACUUGAUGGAGAUCCAGGUCAAUGGAGGGACCGUAGCACAGAAGGUGGACUUUGCUUACAGUUUCUUCGAAAAGCAAGUUCCGAUCGAUGCUGUCUUCCAGAAAGAUGAGAUGAUUGAUGUUAUUGGUGUGACUAAAGGUAAGGGUUAUGAAGGUGUUGUGACCCGUUGGGGUGUCACCCGCCUUCCACGGAAGACGCACAGAGGACUGCGCAAAGUUGCCUGUAUUGGUGCUUGGCAUCCUGCCAGAGUGUCGUAUACUGUUGCUCGUGCUGGACAGAAUGGUUACCAUCAUCGUACUGAAAUGAACAAAAAGAUAUACAAAAUCGGUAAAAGUGGAGAUGAAUCACACACUGCUAUUACGGAGUUUGAUAGAACCGAGAAAGAUAUUACACCGAUGGGUGGUUUCCCUCACUAUGGUAUCGUGAACCAUGACUAUCUUCUGAUCAAGGGUUGCUGUGUCGGGCCGAAGAAGAGGGUCGUUACACUUCGCCAGUCCCUACUGAAGCAGACAUCUCGUGUGGCCCUCGAGGAGAUCAAGCUUAAGUUCAUUGAUACUUCUUCCAAGUUUGGGCACGGCCGCUUCCAGACGACUCAGGAGAAGCAGAAGUUCUAUGGUAGGCUGAAGGCCUAAAUUUUCACUCACCCACUUCGUCUCUGGCAGAAGAUGAGUUUGAAACAUCCUUUCAAUUUAUCCUUAAUGAUAUUUAUGCAUUGGUUGAGUUUCCUAUCUAGAUUCUAACUUUUGAUGUCUGUUGUCAUUAUGAAACUGUGUUUUUUUUUGUCCCCAAAACACACUCGAUUUUGGAUAAUAUGAGCAUUCUCAUCAGCAUGUGAUUAUGUGAUUCUUCAACAUAA